GAGAAGAAACGGGUGGAUCCUUUAAAAUCCAAGUAGGAUCUGCCAAAAUCCAGCUUUUACCCACACCCGUUAAUUGACACCCCCCCCCCCACACACACAAAACUUAGCGAAGCUGCCCUGAGCCUAUAUUAGGCGGCCGCUGAAGAGGAAAAGGCGGCGGCAGGAGGCGGGGAAGAGACAGUGAACUAGCGAGCGACAGAGCCAAGCAGCCCUCUACACUCAGUAUGUAAACAAUAUAUGGAAGUUAUCAAGUAAUGUUAAGCUACUAAGCAGCAACAAUCACCCAGGGUGCAAAGGAGGCCCUUGGCCUGAAGCGCCCCCACCCUACCCCAGUAACCCUUCCUUUUCCCUGAAGGGCCGACUGCCCGGUUUCCUAGCGGGCGAGGGGAGCAGAAUCGGAUACAGUCACAUACCGAGGAAGGAGAGGCUGAAGGCAGCAGCCAGUACAGAAAAGGAUGAAUUUCCAGCAGCUGGCUGAUGUUGCGGAUAAAUGGUGCUCCAACACCCCCUUCGAGCUUAUUGCCACGGAGGAGACCGAGAGGAGGAUGGAUUUCUACGCAGACCCAGGCAUUUCUUUUUAUGUCUUGUGCCCGGAGAACGGAUGCGAAGACAAUUUUCAUGUCUGGAGUGAAAGUGAGGACUGCUUGCCUUUUCUGCAGUUGGCUCAGGACUACAUUUCUUCUUGUGGUAAAAAGACACUACAUGAAAUUCUGGAAAAAGUCUUCAAAUCAUUUAGACCUCUAUUGGGGCUUCCAGAUGUAGACGAUACCUUUGAAGAAUAUCAUGCAGAUGUGGAAGAAGAUGAAGCCGAAGCUGAUCCCCAGCAGAUGGGUGUUAGUCAGCAGUAAUAUUCAGAGGAAUUAAUAUAUAUAUAUUAUCUUACCAGGUUUCCCUUUCUAUCAGGCUAUUUGACAAUGAAUAGCGGUAUUGCUGCACUUCAGAGACCUCAGUUUUCAAAUUUGACUUAACAUUUGUUUUGUUUUGAUUGACUUUAUAUUUUAUUUGUAAUACAUGUAUUGAUCCAAACACAAAGACAUGGAAAAAGAAAAGCACCUCUAUCACAAGAAUGAAUGAACAACUCUCAACUAUUGUCCAGGCUGGUGGAGGAUUGCUGGAAUUGUCCUUCAACAAAUAAGUGCAUUAAAGUUACAAAGUGCAAUAAAAGCUUUUGAAUAUUUAUGCACAAAAAGGUGCUCUUUAUAUAUCUGAAUUCUCUAUGUUUUAGCAAGAUGACUUAUAAUACAGAGAUUAGUUACCUCACUGUAACUAGAUACAUCCUUGAUUAACUAGAACCCAAAAUACAUUGCGUUUCAAGUUUAUAACAUUAAGGAAGGGAGGCAGGUUUUUAUCAUUUUGUUGGCAUCUUUAUUUGUGUUUUAGGAAUUGAAGUUCUGCAACGUUUGGAGGGCUACAGAUUCCUUUUUUAAAAAAUAAUUCUUUUUAAGAGGAAUCCUUUAGUAUGAUAAUUAUUAUUUAGAGAUUGCAAACCUGUAAAAUAUAUUGCAAAAGAAAGAAAGAUAUUUGUUAACCUUCUUAAAAUUAGUGUUCAUUCAAUGAAAUCUUAUCCAUGUUGCCUUCUCCUAAAUGCCUGGGCAUAAAAUAAAAAACUGUAGCUCAGCAUCACUAUCUUGCAAUUAAAAAGCUUACCAAAUUUUUCAUGAUGAAGUCUUUCUUUUCUACUUCUACUGAAGAAUGUAUGUUAUGAAUAACAUUUUCCCCACAGAAAACUACCCACAUUUUCACUUUCUUUAAAGGGGAAUGACUAACGAGGAAAGGCUGAGGGUGAUAGCUUAAUAAGAAAAAAGCAACCCAUGACCAAGGCUAUUUCAUUGUAGUUUUAAGUGUCUGGACAAACCCAUAACUUAUACUGUUAAGUUCGAGCAGCUAUAUUAUGUUUUCUCAACUUUUUGGGAUUUGUAAUUUGAUAACAAAAAUAACAAAUUCAUUCAAUAAAAAUGAGAUGGAUGGGGAUAAUAGAUGGAUGAUAGGUUUUGCAUACUGUAAAGCUGCAUUUACUCUGUUAUCUUGACACAGAGCAAGAAAAUAGUUCCAUCAGAACUGAAGAGUUGCAAUAAUGUAAUUAAUUAGACAAUUCCAAGCUAAAUGAAGCCACAGGAAAAGACAGUAUAUUAUAUACAUUAACAUAGAGCUGUGCAAAUUUGAAAUUUGAAAUAGAAACAGAUGCUUCAGUUAGAAUAAAGGCUGUUUUUUUCCUACCCAAAGACUUGCAGCAAGUAUUUCAUGAGCAAAAACUAACAACAUUUCUUGUCAACCUCUAGGGGCCAGUGCAGCCUAGAUUUUCACCAUACUUCCAAUUUUUGCUGUUCUAUUUUCUUAGCAAUGUAACUUUUGCUUGUAUCUCUGAUAGAAAAUUGGCACUGUCAUUGUCAAUUGUAAAUCACAUGACACUCCAAUAGAUUCUGAAAAGGACUCCCUAGUCAAGGAAAAAACAAUUGUUUACAAAGUCUUACCUUGUUAAGUGAGCAGCAACAUUUACAUAGACUAAGUGAAAAGAAGAUACUGUAUGAUUUAUCUUGUCUUUGUCCAAGAACUAAAUAUUAUCAGAAUCUCUAACUUCUGAUGCUUUCAUUUGAAUUGGAAAAAGCAGAAACUCAGUUUUGAAGGUUAAAGAAACCCAUGAUGUCUUUCGUUCAAGAGAAAAUGGGACUAAAUGGUGAGGAUAUUAAUUAAUUUAAAUAAAUCAGGGAAAGAAAUAGCUUAGGGCAUGAAGCAUAACAAAUGGGUAGAAAUUAAGUGCUGGCUUGAGGGGCAGUAAUUUCAUGCCUGAUGUAGAAAAAAGGGAAUGGGUGCAGUGGUGGUUUUUGGGGUGCGAACCAGGAAAUUCUGUGCAGCCUGUACACCCCCCACUACCCCAUUUCUUCAUGGGUGAAGAUUUAAGUUUAAAUUACACCUAACCAAAAGUAUAUAGUUCUUAAUUCAUUUAUAUUGUAAUCUUUUAAAUAUCUGAAAUGACAUAAUAUCUUAGUGUAAUUUACACUGUAAACAAUGCUAUUUCUUUCCACUUGCAGAUGGAAAGAAAAUAUGUUCCUAUGACCAACUGUGUUUAUCAGGUAGUUGUGGGGAUUAACCAGUUAUUGGUCAUUAAUUGGAAUGAGAAAACUAUUAACGGAAUGUGGCAUUUAUUAUAAAAAGAAUACAUGCAAAUAAAUUAUUUAAAGCCAUCAUAUUGUUUGCCAAAAGGCUUGGGCCUUUAGCUUUUUAGCAAAUAAUCCUAGUUUUUAAGAAGAUAGAAUAAGCGAGGCCAUUCACAUAUUUGAGUGUCCAUUUCAUUAAAUGUUAUCAUGGAAAAUAUGUAACAGCAAGAAUAAUGUGCAAGAUAUGAGAUCUCGUAGUAGACAUAGGGAGCCUCAAUUUGAGGAUUAAGUGAACCAGAGGAAUGAUCUAGGACAAAUUUGUGACAUAAGUAUUGUUUUACCUGAUGUACACCAGCAGCAGCAUUGAAAUUAGAUGGGGGGCAUCCAUUGAUUUGCAUAAGGGUAAAGAAAACAAUUUCACAUUAUAGAGGACAAGCUCUCAUGGCAAGACAAUGCCUCCACAAAAAAUUCAGCAGUACUGGAUGAGCAAAUUCAUGUUAAAAUCUAUUCUCACAAUUUUCACUAGGUCAACAACUAUUGAAUGGCAUAAAUCAUCAUACAUUAUUGAGACAUUAUUUAAAGAUGAUGAUGAUUAUAUAAUUAAAGAUUUUAGAGAGUAUAAAGAGCACGUACACAAGCUUCAAUUGACUAAUAUCAAUUUCUUAAAAAAUGGAAAAGGAAUAUUUAUUUACAUCUCUCACAUCCCAUCUCCCUGAAACAAGCUUUCACACAAUUUUGUUUUUUGAUAAUGCCAUCAGCCUGUUCGUUGGAAGGUAUAAAGGAUUACCAAUUAUACACCAUUUAUGCAUUUGUGAUAAUUCACAGGUGAAAGAUCUGAUCCACUGCAAAUUAUAACAGGAACACAUAGUAGAUUUAUUAUGCUUUUGUUAACCCAGUUUAAUCAGUCUGGCAUAGGAGAAAAAAUCUAUUUCAGGCUGACCCAUAUAGACAUGUACAGGAAAAAAAAAAAAAACCACCAAGCUGUGUUGUUUGAAAUGGCCAUAAAGAAGACAAUGAAUGCCAAUUUUGACAGUACUAUUAAUUGUAGGGUAUGUAUGAAUUAAACAAAGAUUGUUGUAAUUUUAUAUGAAUUUUGCUAAAAUCUAUGAUUGCAAAUAAAUGUAUUAAAUGUAA